AUGAUACAAGAAAAUAAUUCAACAGAUAGUACCAGCGCGAAAAAUGUUUUCCUUACGUCACUUAUCUCAGGUGCUUUUGCGGGAACCAUUUGUGAAUUUGUAUCAUUUCCUCUGGAUACACUUAAGACACGAUUACAAAGCCAACAUGGUUUCAUGAGAUCUGGAGGUUUUAAUCAAUUGUACAAGGGUUUAAGUCCUAUGCUGAUAGGAUCUGCCCCAUCAGCUUCUUUAUUUUUUAUAACUUAUGAAGGAAUAAAACUAGUAUUUCUACCUUCUAUACCUGAGCAGUAUCAUACAUUUAUACAUAUGACAGCAGCAUCUGUGGGAGAAAUGGUGGCAUGUUUAAUUCGAGUCCCAGUAGAAGUAUUGAAACAAAGAAGACAAGCACUUCUACCAGAUAUUCAUAGAUUGCCACUGAGAACUUUGUACCGUGGCUAUGGAAGUACUGUGAUAAGAGAUUUACCAUUUGGUGUCAUUCAAAUGCCACUUUGGGAGUAUUUUAAACUUUGUUGGAAAAGAAAUAAAAAUUGUGAAUGCACUCCGGUAGAGGGUGCCAUUUGCGGAUCGGUAUCAGUGGGUAUAUCUGCAAUCAUAACGACACCUUUAGAUGUUGCUAAAACUAGAAUAAUGUUAUCAAAUACAACAGUGGAGAAAGAUGAAAUAAAAGUAUUCAUAAUGUUAAAGAACGUUUACCAGGAAUCCGGCUUCAGAGGGCUUUUUGCAGGCUUUCUACCAAGAGUUAGUGGGUUUACCAUUAGCGGAUUCAUUUUUUUCGGUGUUUACGAGAAAGUUAGACAAAUUUGUAUUUCAAUUUUACCACCAAAAUGAUAUACAGGACAUAUAAAUUCAUGUGUAGUUGAAUACAUAGAAUUCGAAUCUAAUUAUAGAAUUAGAGUCCAAUUACAUUAGGAAUUAAAAAUAAAAACAGAAAGUGAGGCAAAGAAUACAAAGAGAAUGGGG